AUGGCAUUUGGAUUCGGUCGUACCACAACGGAAUCGGCCAAUUACUAUUCAAAGCAAAACUCAACGGAACUGCCGAAUGGCCCUUCUGACUCGGUGUCUCAGUUAGCCUGGUCUCGAGAUGGUCAGGCUCUUGCUUGCGCCUCCUGGGACCGGACAUGCCGUGUGUGGCAAAUCACAACUCAGCCGGCGGCUUUCGGCACCAACGGUCAAGUCAUCUACAAGGGAAAUCCGCAGUCUCUCUUCACGGAAACUGCCCCAAUUCUCUCUUGCUGCUUCGGCGACACUACACAGAUGCUGCUUACGGCGGGAUGUGACAAACAGGUCAAAGCCUACGACCUCAUCAGCGGCCGUACCACGGGCCAAGUCAUUGGACAGCACGACGCACCCGUAAACUGUGUCGCGUGGAAUCCCAUGCACAAAUUGGUUAUCAGCACAAGCUGGGAUGGAAGCGUAAAGAUGUGGGACGGGAAGCAGCCGAACCCGGUUUGGCAACAAAAUGUUGGUGCCAAAAUCUGCAAGGCAGCUUUCCACGACUGUUUCUUAGGAAUCUGCGAUACCUUCCACGACUGCGUAGUCCUGAAUGUUCCCCUUUUACUGCAACAGGGACAGACGGCCUUUGCUGUAAACACCCCGAGUGCCGCGGCCGCGGCCUCGAUACCCGUUAUUACGAAAAUAGGGUCUCAGUACCAGAAAAUGCAGACGCGUUCUAUGGCGUUUUUUCCCGACGACGCUUCACAGUCUCCAGGGGUCGCAAUUGGCAGUGUAGAAGGGCGAUGCAGCAUGUUGUACAUAAAAGAAGCUCAUAGAAAUAUGGACUUCAGCUACCGGUGUCACCGGCAAGAUGUUCCGCAGCAGCAGCUGCAGAUAUACUCCGUAAAUGCAAUUUCGUUCAGCAAGCUGAAACUGAAGACCUUCGAACCUGCGGGUGCACCAAUUGCUGAUUUGAAGUAUGACCCAACAUCCACAGCGUUGGCAUACGCAGGCCCCGACCAGCAGGAGCUGGCCAAGGGGCACCACAUUUAUAUUCAUGCGAUGAAGGAGGAAGAUAUCCGCCCUCGGCCAAAGAAUACCCAGCGCCGCUGA